AUGCUAUCGUGGGAGGCAGGAGGGUGGAAAAUUGAAAAAGCCCUCGAAGUAGUUGUCUGGUUGAAAUCAGAAGGUGUGCCUAUUGAUGAAUUCGGUAUGCAAUGGCAUAUCAAUGUUUCGACAAGUGUAGCUCCGGGAGACAUGCAUUAUCAAAUUGCGCAAUGUUUCAUUAAUGAAAAUGUGAAUGUCAUGGUAACAGAAUUACGCAUAUCAGUUCCAAUGCGCGAUGGAUCUCUUGUCAAUUCAGAUGAUUUAGAAAGGCAAGCUGCGCUCUUUCGUUCAAUGCUGAGAUACAUUCUUCAUUUCUCUUCGCACUCGCCUAUUUUCGGUACUUGGAGUUGUACUGAUCGUUAUAACUGA